AUGGCCUCUUCCAUGUCACAGCGUAAAAUAUCAUUUAUGAAAGAACAAUUAUCUGCUGCAUUUGGUAAAAGCAGCGUGGUUGUGAAAUUUGUAGCUGUUGCAGUAACUCUUGGAUAUUUCCUUUCUUUUAUAGAAUCAGCAAAACCAUUCAUCACGGUUACUCCUGGAUACGUAAUUCCUCCAAACUUCAGAAUUUAUUCCUUCUUCACCUACUGUUUUGUUGAAUUUCACUUUUGGGAUGUCCUUGUUGACAUUGCAGUAGUUAUUUUAUGUGGAAAGUUGUUGGAGCCAUUAUGGGGUGCACUCGACAUGCUCAUAUUCUUUCAAAUCGUGAAUGUUUCUGUUGGUAUCCUUGCUUCAUUUUCCUACCUUCUGAUUUACCUAGUUACUGUGAAUGAAAUUUAUCUUUUUGAAGUUUAUAUUCAUGGAUUGGCAGGAUAUAUCGCAGCUUUCUCUGUAGCUGUUAAACAAGUGAUGCCAGAUCAUAUUCUGAUGGCCUCUCCAUUUGGAAAGUUGCGUAAUACACACAUUCCGCUGCUGUUGUUUAUAAUUACAAUUGUUUUUCGAGCAGUUGGACUGAUUCCAGGACCAUUCCCAAUUAUGUUUGGAUGGGGCAUCAUUGUGAGCUGGAUAUAUCUUAGAUUUUAUCAAAAGCACACCAAUGGAAAUCGUGGAGAUAUGGCUGAUAAUUUUAGCUUUGCUAGCUUCUUUCCUGGACAAGUUCAGCCAUUCAUUUCCAUUGUCUCGAACACCAUAUUUCUUGCUCUUGUCAAAGUGAAAGUGUGCAAAAAGCCCCAGCGACACUAUGAUGUCAGUGCACCCAGCACCAUAACCAUCAGUUUACCAGGCACCGAUCCACAGGACGCAGAAAGAAGAAGGCAAUUGGCUCUGAAGGCUUUGAAUGAGAGAUUGAGCAAGGUAGACACACCAGCAUCAUGGCCUACCAUGGAUGAAGAUGGAGCCAAGGCUGGACAGACUGAGUCUCCAGUAGUAAAGCCUCUUCCACAGAAAUCUGAAUCUGUGCCGCCAGUAAAACUUCCUGUACCAACCUUCUCACAGCCUGAGGAAAACAAGACAGAAUCAACAUAGACAUGCGUUUGAUCGACAGAAUACGUGUGUACGUGGUUUUUGGAGACCACUCCAGCUCAUUUUGUUUUUAAAUAAUAACAUCAACAACAGCCAGUGUAGUGAUGUCAUGGUGGCGAAAUAUUAUCAGAUUAUUUUGUGGACAUUUGGUAGUCACAUCAUCUGUUACUGUUUCUGGCAGAGUUGUUUCCCUUCCUUGUCAUUGUAUUUUCCUAAUCUUCUGUUCUGACAUCUCUGUUGUUCUUUUCAAAUCAUUUAUUCUGACCUCUCUAUUGUUCUUUUUAAAAAAAUAUUUCCUACUGAAUAUAUUUUUCACUAGCAUUAUAUGUAUUAUUUUUUAGACUUGGAUCUAAUUUUAAUUUUUGUUUGAACACUGCAUAAAAGGUUUCUGUACAUUUUAUUUUUGUGAAUUAAAUUUAUCAUUCAAAUGUAGAUAUGCUUGAGGAAUUUCACCUAGUUUCACUUAAUAUGGAAAAUUUCAUUGUCAAAACUAGAGCAAAUUUAAGUGCUUAAGUUUCUUUGUCCAUUAAAUUAUUAAGCACAUUUGUUAUUAAGAGUUACUGACCAAGGUGGGCCUAAUAACUCUAUUAGGUUCAAAUGGAUGGAAAAUGCAGGUACAAGAUUAGAUGGUUCACUUUGUUGAGCUAUUUCAUUAAAGUGAUUUGGCCAGUAUUCUUAGGCCCUAAAAGGUGUCGGCAGUUAUCUGCUGAAUUACGCAGGUGUAAGGUGCCUUUUAUGAUCCGUAGGGUCACACAUGUAUAAGGUGCCUACCGUAUAUGAUGAUUCACGCUUCCAUCUAGUUAAAGUUGGAACUUACAAAUGCAGUCCUUGGAAAGAGUUUUUAUAUAAUUUAUGAAGUUUGGGUUUAUUACAGGCCUCUGGAUUUCACAGAAUUGCUUCUGGCCUGAUGCUUAUAAAACUUUUAGAGUCUAGACUCAAGACUCUAAUAGAGUCUGAGACACUAAUAUCAUGACAACGCUAUACCAAUUGUUUGUGUGUGACAUCAUUAGAGAUUGAGUCUGGACUAAAAGUUUUAUAAGCACAGGCCCAGAUAAAGUGGAGAUAGCAUGUCAGCAAAAAUCAUGAAAGCGAUGGUCCAUUACCCAGGGGUGGCAAUUCUCCUCGGAUCUGUGAUUUUCCUCUCAUGAAACAUUGCGUUUCCUCGCAUUUUAAUCGUCCUUGUCCCCGGACCCCUCUAGAUUUCCUCUUUUUUACAAUUCACUGCCCCGGACCCCUCUAGAUUUCCUCUUUUUUACAGUUCACCAAUUCUCAACCCUGAUUACCAUUACACGUUAUCAUGGAACACAUUCCAUCAUUAUUAUGAUUAACAAGAAAGAGUUUCUGAUGGGCAGUGCUCUACAAAGGGAGUAAAAUACUCGCCAUGGUGACUAAAAACUUUCCCUGGCGUCUAAAAAAUAAAAUCACAUUCGCCAGUUGGCGACUGUCCAAUAAUUUUUAAACAAAACUGAACAUUGGAAAACACUGGACCAGUAGCAAUUUAUCUUCUAUAAAACGUGUUUUUUAUUGGUAAUUUGUUUGAAAAGUUUGAGACAUGUUAAUCGGACUAUGAAUAACGAUUUUCCAGUAUUCGCGAGUAAACACGAUGACGUUAAGUGAGAGGUAAUAUUUCGUUAUGAUGUUGUCUCCCUUAACUUGAAUAUCAAGCGUUUGGAAAUAAUUCAGCCCCAGUUCACUUUUGGACCAAGUCGGUCCUGUCCCAUUUAGAGUCAGGUUUUUUUAAUGCAUUAAAAUGACAUUGUUGAGCCACUGUAUGUCCCUACUUCUCUGUUUGAAACUCAAACAUUAAUUAUUUUAAAUGUCGACUUGUAUAUGUGUUAUGCUGCGCUCCAAUCGUCUCGUGCUUAUCGUGAUAACGGGUCCUCCAUGAUAACGAUGUCUCCAGUCGUGAAUAUCAUUUCAAUCACGUCGGAAGUCAUGUUCACCAGUGGAGGAUGAAAACAUGUUUUUAUUUUCAUGACUCUACUUUAGACGGCUUUAAAGACACAACUAUUUACCAAAAAGUAUUUAUGGAUUUACAAGGCAGUAUGUGACAAAAAUAAAUAUUAUUUACCGAUUGGUAACUACUAGUAACACUUUGAAGCCUGGUAGGUAUUACCACAAUGCUUUUAUUUAACUUUUAAUGAGUACUGCAAUUUAAAUGCAUAUUUUAGCAGUGUCAUUAAAAUAGUAAUUCGCUUAAAUUCAUUUAAUACAAUUAUUGGGUACGGAAUUUAAUAAUGAUAGUUAAUAGUCGUUCACUGUUUUAGUGGAAUUGGACACAAACAGUAACUUGUAAUUACUAUUUAACAACUAGGAAUCACCUCUUCACAAGUUCAUUCGAAUGCAGUCCUAAUAACAAUUAUGACAUUAGUAAUGUGCCGUAAAAUAGCAGAUGAAUCGAUUUAAUUACAAGUAUAUAUUAGCUGGCUACUAAAUAUAAGUGGCUGGUGACUAAAUUAUUAUACUUUACUGACCAGGGAAGAGUAAAUUUGAACUUGCUUUGUAGAGCACUGAUGGGUUCCAGUGAUCACAGGAUUCGGAACCAAAGAAGUGUUUUCCAUAAAAUUUGAAAUCCUGAGGCCUAUUCUUAUUUGGAUAUAUAACGAUGGAUGGUAAAACUGUUACUGAGAACACCUUGCAUUACAUACACCUGUUCGUAAAGAGCACUUUGAUAUCCUUAAUUUUAUCUGGGUAUAAAGACCAUUUGUUUAAAAAACACUUAAAUCUUCACUUGAGUAUUGACAUCACUUGCUUAUUAUUAAUACUAAUAUAUUUGGUUGAUCACUGUGGACAUUCACUGUAGAGAUCUGUUGCUUAGCAAUGUCAUUAACAUGUAGUAUAUCUCAAAUUUGAAAUAAUGUGCUUAUACUUGCCUGAUUUUCUGAUUGUAUGUCAAGGUUAUUACUGUCUUAACAAACUUGUGUGUCAUUUUCAAGUGUACACAGGCUUAUGAGGUGGCGGGUUAGGUGGACAGUAUACCAGGUAGUACGAAUACUUGACAGAUUAUGAAAACUGGGCAAAAUUAAUAUUAAAGUUUAAUAUCGCCACCACCCCCACCCAAAAGCCAAUAAUGUGUUCUUGUUUCCCAUGUUUUGUUUCAAUGAAACUCAUUGUAAUAUUUCAUUUGGGGUGUACGUAUAAAGUUGUUUUGUGGGGGUUUUUGUAAAUAUUUUAAAUAUGUAUAAAGUUAUUUAUUUUGUUACUAACUGGGUUCACAUUUAACAGUGUUGAUUAAUGAAAUUUUAUUGUAAUGUUUAAGGGAAAUUAUAUGUUUACCGGGUAUACAGGUCAGUAGAAAUAGAAGUGGGUGACUUGGCAAACUGUUUUACAAAGAAAAGUUAUGAUAUAUAUACUACUCGCUACUUCUAAAGAAAAAAUAGCUUUCUCCCUAAUAUGUAUAUAUACUGUAUAUCCUGAAAUUAAUGUGAUCAUAAUAUUAAUGCGAAAAAUGUGAGUUUGUGUUAUUCGCAUUAAUAAUAUGACACAUUUAUUUCUAUGUUUUUGUCUAUUAAAACAAAACAAAGAUUGAAAUUCUAACAUAUUUAUAACGAACAACUGGAAAACAAUUCAUUAUAGUCAUUGGACAGACUAAUUGUCCAAUAGUCCAGCAAGAUGCCAGCCAUAUGUGACGAUUGCAGGGUCUUUGGCCAUCCUGUCAAAAGCCAACACGAUCCAUCACAUGUGAAUAUGUUUUAGCACGCUAAUCCUGACUUUGACAAUUUCUUUGUUUUUACUGUUCAAGUUUGACACAACUUUGUCGGCAUACCACUGGGUGAAUUGUUUUUUCAUUAUGACUUUGAAAUCACCGUUCACAGAUAAAGACAAUAAUAAAUACAUGUAUGCUAAUGUUUAGCCUGAUUUAGCUAAAUAUACACGUUACAUAAAUGAUGGCUUCAAAUAUAUCCUUUGAGUUGGAUCUCACCAAAAACACUAGGGACUAAACAGGUUAAUCUAUGUGUACACAGACAUGUUAGUGAGUUGAUCUCAUUGAAGACGUCUGUAACUCAGAUUUAACUGAAAAGUUCACAUGUGUGUUAAUUGUUAGGAAAGCAAUAUUUCAAACGGAGGUUAAUCGCAUUAAUUUCAUGUUGCAUUUUAGUCUGCUCACUGUCACUCGCAUUAAUUUAGGGACGCAUUAAUAUCAGGAUCUACAAUAUAUCAUGGGUGAAUCAGUUUUGGUGAGCAUAAGCAUUCGGUUGUAAAGCAUAUCGAUAUUUAUCAACAGACAGUUGUUAUCCAAAUAGCUACCUUUUUAUUAGUAUUUCUACGCUUCAGAUGAGCACUAAACUGGCUGCUAUGUAGUAAAGUUUACUGCACAUGCAUUAAAAACUAGCAUGCAUUGACAGUAAAUAUUGUUUACUAUGUAACCUGUUUCGGUGAGUAAAACGUUUAGUGGUUUAGCUUACAGUAAAACAUUCCAACACAAAAA